ACGACUGUAUGCUAUUGACUUCCCAGCUCUGCUGGCGCUUCGCAUUACUUCUACGCCGUCUUCCUCCUCCGCCGUCCGCUCUGCAUUUUAGAACCCUUCUACUCCGCAACUGCUCUUCAUUGCACUCGCCGCCCCUGCCAAUGGGCACAGCUUCGAAUGAUUCCGGCCUCUCCGUCCCCAAAGACGAAGCGUAUCUCGCAACAGUUAUCAACAAACGCAUCGACCUCUUCAAAUCCAUCCAAGACCGGGAAAACCUCCAGCGCCUCUCCCUGUCCCCUGACCCCAUCAGGAUUGUGUUACCUGAUGGGUCAGUGAAGGAGGGGAAGAAGUGGAAUACUACCCCGUUUGAUGUGGCGAAGGAAAUUUCCAAGAGCUUGGCAUCUAAUGCGUUGAUUGCUAAGGUGGAUGGGGCUCUAUGGGAUAUGCGUAGGCCAUUAGAGGGGGACUGUGAGCUGAAGCUGUUUACAUUUGAUACCGAUGAGGGGCGAGAUACCUUUUGGCAUUCAAGCGCCCACAUUCUUGGCCAGUCACUAGAGCAGACAUAUGGAUGCAGAUUGUGCAUUGGGCCAUGUACCACAAGAGGGGAGGGUUUCUAUUACGAUGCUUUUUAUGGUGACUUGGGAUUGAAUGAGGAUCAUUUUAAAAGGAUUGACGAUGGGGCUAAGAAGGCUGUAUCGGAAAAACAACCAUUUGAGCGCAUUGAGGUUACAAGAGAUGAAGCUCUGCAGAUGUUUUCCGAUAACCAAUUCAAGGUUGAAAUCAUUAAUGAUUUACCUGAAGAUAAAACUAUCACCGUAUACCGAUGUGGUCCCUUGGUUGAUUUGUGUCGUGGGCCACAUAUACCAAAUACAUCCUUCGUUAAAGCUUUCUCUUGUUUAAAGGCUUCCUCAGCCUAUUGGAGGGGGAACAAAGACCGUGAAAGCUUGCAAAGAGUUUAUGGAAUAUCAUUUCUGGACCAGAAGCGUCUGAAGCAAUACAAGGAUGACCUGGAAGAAGCAAAGAAGUAUGACCAUAGAGAAUUGGCUAAAAAACAAGAACUUUUCUUUUUCCACCCGCUUAGUCCCGGAAGUUGUUUCUUUCUUCCACGUGGUGCUCGAGUUUGCAACAAACUCUUUGAAUUUAUACGAAAUGAAUACUGGAAGAGAGGUUAUGAAGAGGUUUGGAGUCCAAAUAUGUAUAACAUGCAGUUAUGGGAAACUUCUGGUCAUGCUGCAAAUUAUAGGGACAAUAUGUUCUUAUUUGAGAUUGAGAAACAACAGUUUGGGCUCAAACCAAUGAAUUGUCCAGGGCACUGUUUGAUAUUUGAUCACAGAGUUCGUUCAUACAGGGAACUACCUCUUCGCCUGGCUGAUUUUGGAGUCCUGCAUCGGAAUGAGGCCAGUGGUGCACUUACUGGUUUAACUCGUGUUAGGAGAUUUCAGCAGGAUGAUGCACACAUUUUCUGCCGUGAAUCCCAGAUAAAAGAUGAAGUCAAGGGUGUGUUGAAUUUUAUCAGUCAUGCCUACAAUAUAUUUGGGUUCACCUUUGACUUGAAAUUAUCUACGAGGCCUGAAAAAUAUCUUGGUGACUUGGAAACAUGGGAAAAGGCUGAAGCUGCUCUUAAAGAAGCAUUGAAUGAGUUUGGGAAGCCCUGGCAGAUAAAUGAAGGUGAUGGGGCAUUUUAUGGGCCGAAGAUUGAUAUUAGUGUCAAUGAUGCAAUGAGGAGGCAAUUCCAGUGUGCAACAUUGCAGCUGGAUUUUCAACUUCCUUCUCGUUUCAACUUAUCUUACACGGCAGAAGAUGAGAAUAAGAGGGAGAGACCUGUUAUGAUACAUAGAGCUAUUCUUGGUUCUGUGGAGCGUAUGUUUGCUAUACUUUUGGAGCAUUAUAAGGGGAAAUGGCCAUUCUGGCUUAGUCCACGUCAGGCAAUUGUUUGCCCUGUCUCUGAAAAGUCACAACCCUACGCUCUGAAGCUAAGGGAUCAAAUUCAUGAUGCUGGUUAUUAUGUUGAUGUUGAUGCAACAGACAGAACAAUCCAGAAAAAGGUACGAGAAGCUCAAGUAGCACAAUACAACUACAUCUUGGUGGUCGGAGAGGAGGAAGCCAAAACUGGACAGGUUAGCGUGCGAGUGAGAGACAAAGCCAGCCAUUCUGUCAAGAGUGUUGAGGAACUCCUAUCAGACUUCAAAAAUGAAGUUGCAGCUUUUCGUUAGGAGCUUGGAUCUGCUGAAUUUACUAGAAGAAACGGGAAAGGCUAUCUCACAAGGUUUUAUAAGCUUUGAUGUGCAAAUCAAGGACUUGUUGUAACCAAAAUCAGUUACACACAAUUAAUUGUGUCACCAAUAUAGAGCCUCAGUUCCAUAUUUCUGUGUAAUAUAGACAUUAAGUGGUCUAAUGUGACAGUCGUCUUGAACUAAUGCUACUACUGCCCAAAAAGUCUCAGAGGUUUUGUUUCACGUUCCAAUGUAGAAUUUGUCCAGUGUGGUGGUCAUUGUAAUUUUCAUCUCAUUUGGAUUAGGGUUCGACAAUUUGCGCUCUCGAAGUGGAGACUGGAGAGGUAGAGUUGAAAAAUGCUUAGACCAUUUAUGCAGUUGAAACAGAACUUGCUUUUUACCUUUAAAUUAUUCUUCGGCCUGUUUAUGUUA